AUGGAAGCGCGAGCCGCCCAGGAAUCGGCUGCGCAAGUCAAGGACGUCUCACCUCCUCCUGUGGCACCGUCGGCUCCGGCAUUCGGCUCAGUGCCAAACCGGGUUCCGAGCACUGGCGAUUCGCAGACUCUUCCCGGCGUCGCAUCGAACAAGCCGCCCCCUACUGCUCCACGGGCUUUUGCAGAGCGUCCUGUUUCCGCAGGCCAGGGCUCCGGCGCUGCUCCCGAAACUCCCCAACCACCUACUGGGCCCUCAAAGGGCAUACCGCACGAUAGCCCCCCUAUCCCCCUGGGCCCCCGACUGCAACAGCCCAAGCCUCCACGCCCGUCUAGCAAGCAAUGGAUCAAUCCGAGUCUGAAGAAGCCACCGCCGGAGUCGCCCAAGGUAAUGAGGUCGCAAAGCUUUGCCCAGCCACGACCUGUGCCACUUCAACGAGGCGCCUCACAAGCCGAGCCAUCUGACUCAAGGCGACCGCGUAGUAGCGACGCGAAGUCAGAUCCCUACUUGGGGUUGGAGAACAGGAUGCGAGCCCAUCAUAGCGAGGAGCCAGGCGAGAUAACCGCGAGCUCUGAAGUCGAAAGGCCACUGCGGAAGGAAACGGCCAGUUACGAGCGGCCAGAAUUGAUAAAUCAUGACGCUGGCACUUCGGACCGCCCACAGCACCCUGCUGAGCCGCCUUCUACUUCUACCAAGGUGGACUCACAUGCCAAACAGCAGGAAAACAAAGAGAGCGAGGAAGGUCAACGGCCCGUCGAGGCAGCAGCAGCGAAACGAAAGAGCAAACUGUUCAAAUCGCGCGCCGUUCGAUUUGCUUUACCUCCAAAAAACGUGCAACAGGAAGAGACCCCCGAAUCUGACGACGAAGAUAUGGGCGACUAUUUCGACAUGGAAAUUAACAAAACGGAAGCUGAGUUGAGCAAACUGCAAAAGCCAAAGAUGCCCGCAGAAGUAAUACGCGGGUACAUGACCCAGUCGCAUGGGUCAAUGGUGAAGAUCCUGAAUGAGGGAGAGGAGCUAUCAGGGACGCUUGGCGAUGUUCCGGAGAACCCUGAGCCCGUGACCGAAAAGAUGGAGGUGGAACCUACUGUACAAGACAAAGAGCCCCAUGUUGCGCAAGCUGAACCUCUCGUACCAAGAGAGGCUGAGAAGGCCAAUCAAGUCCAGGAGGCCGCUAGCGAUCAGCUCGUUCAAGUACCGGCCGAGGCGGAGGAGAAGGAGAAGAAGGAGGAUCAGAAGAAGGGAAAUCUCGAACCAGCUCUUCUGAAAGAACAAGAAGACCGUCAGCCAAAAGCGGAGGAAAUGGACAUUGAUGUUGCACCUAUGCUUCCACCUUCUGAGCCCAUUUCUGGACCGGAGCCGAUGCCCGAGACCGAGACUGAGACCGCGACUGCGGCCGCAACCAACGACUUGCUCGAAGACAAAGAAGCCGCGCCCGUUCCGGCUGGUGGAGAGACUCCGGCAACCAUUGAUGAGGCUGCUCGCUCACCGAGACCGGCCGAAGUAGAAUCCAAACCGCCAAGCACUCCAUCUCAAGUAGCAGACGAGGAUGAUGAGACCGAAACAGAGGAUGAGGCUUUUAUGGAGGCCCAGGCUGCGGCAGCUGCUGACACGGUUCGUCGAUACAUGGCAACGCCGCCUGUGGAUAGCCUUCCUGGCGGAGAUGGUGAUCACCCGCUCUGGUACCAGGACAAGGAGUUCCUGACAACCUUGGAAUCGGAUCCCCAAGUUGACGACUUCGUUACCAUGUUUCUCGAUAAGGUCCACCGCACCAGGUCGGACGAACAACGCCGCGCGCAAAAUACCUAUGCCGCCAACUACAUGCAAUAUCUUAGGUUUACCAUGUCGGAUGACCCCGCAGCAACGAAGAGCAGGGACAAGUUCUCCGUCUCGGCCCCCUCAGAGACGACGGGUACCCCGACGCCCGAGCAGAAGCCAGAGGGUAGGGGAACUGGAAGGAGAUUCGCCACGGAGCGUGAUCUUGAACGCGUGCUUCAAGCGUCUAUGCGGGAAGACGAGGAGAGAAAAGAGCGAGAGCUCCGAAUCCAGCAGGAGAAAUACCGCAGCGACAAGGAAGCCGUCAUUCCGGAUAUGUAUUGGGACGACUUGGAGAAGCAGCGAGUUCAGUAUGUGGAUAGGUCGGGAUUCACGCCCCCGGAGAAGCUUGUUUCCGCAUGGCAGGUGUUCCGGCCCAUCAACAACUUCACAGAAGAAGAAGCGCAGCUCUUUGAAAAACGAUACUUGGAGCUUCCCAAGCAGUGGGGCAGGAUUGCGGAAGUUCUUCCGAAUCGCGACUUCCGUGCUUGCAUCCAGUAUUACUACCUGAUGAAGGCAGAACUCAACCUGAAAGAGAAGCUCAAGAAACAGCCAAAGAGGCGCAAGAAGGGUGGCCGCGGCAAACAGAGAUCCAGCGCCUUGGUUUCGGAGCUCGGCAACGGCGAGCCGGAAGGCGAAGAGGCGCCCCAGGAAAGCGGAGAGAACGGGGAGAGGCGGAGGCCACGGCGGGCUGCUGCUCCCACAUGGGGCUUCGAACAACCCGCUACGGACGGGGAGAGCACCCCUGCUGCUACUCCUGGGCGUCGCGGAGCGUCUGCUGCCAAGGGCGAUCAGCCAGAAAAGGUAGACGGGAGAAAGGGGAGACGGAAGGCCAAGGACAAGGACAAGGACAAGGAGAAGGACAAGGAAAAGGACAAGGAAAAAGACAAGGAAGUCAAGGCAUCCAAGCCGAGCCAGGCCCUCGCCGCUGCGCCUGGCCCCGCGGCUGGGAAAGGAAGAGGCCGGGCCGAAUCUCGCCCGGUGCCUGCGGAAUUCCUCACGGCCCCUCCCUUGCCAUCCGAUCCUCACCGUUUGCCGGUUCCGUUCGAACAGCCCUUGCAAGCGGGUAUCCAGGCCCCGUUUGCCGUGCCGCAGCCGCCGCUUAUCGAGAGGCCAAAGCCCGUAGCCGUUGCUGGGUCCAUUACGGAGGUCAUGGCGGCGCCCUCGCUUCGACCAGAACCACCCCCACCUCCUCCAUCGUCCAUAACCACCUUUAACCUGACACAGCAAAUUCCUGAACGGAAGCCAUUAUCUCAGGCGUCGAGUUACUGGAGUGUGUCGGAAGCCAAUGACUUCCCACAACUCUUGAGAGCUUUCGGUUCUGACUGGUCAGCGAUUGCCAAACACAUGGGCUCAAAGACUACGGUCAUGGUCAAGAACUACUAUGUCCGGCAGAAGGACUCUGGUAAACCAGAAUGGGAGGCAAUUGCUCAAGAGGCUGAUGCCAAGCGGGCCAGGGGAGAGAAAAGACCUGAUCCUCCCGUACCUACUACUGGCGGCCGUGGUAGGAGAUUUGAAGGCACCGCAGCUGGGACCUCAAGACCCCUUGCGGUGGCUCCAGGAGCUGCAGACCCUCAUGGCGAUCUUCCUCAGCCCAAGGUCGAGCCUGCGCCUCAACAGCCAUUGAGGCAACAGCAGCAUUUGCCGAGCUACGGAGUACCGAUUGCACAGGCUCCAGUCCAAACUCCCUUGGCACAGCCAAACCAGGUUCCUCUUGCUGUACCAGCUCACGCGGUCCCCCAAGCGACGCAGCAAGCCAUAUCUCCCAAUGCGCGCGCAAUGCACCAAGGAUUGCCGCCUUUUGGCUUCCCAGAACGCGAUCGCGAGCCUGUCCAGCCCCAGCGAGUACCGCUACCGCAGAAAGCUUCUGCCAGCCAAGUGCCAGAGCUCCGAGAUCCGCGCCCAUUGUCUGUGGCCCAGCCACUCCAGCCGGCACAUCCUGAGGCCCUCGAGCGCGAACGCACUGCUCAGAUGGAGCGGCUGAACAUGGAGAAUAGGUUUAGGGAACAACAGCAUAGGGAACAGCAGCACAGAGAGCAUCAGCAGAGGGAAAAACAACACCGGGAGCAGCAGCAUAGGGAGCAGCAGCACAGGGAGCAGCAACACAGGGAGCAGCAACACCGGGAACAACAGCACAGGGAGCAACAGCAUAGAGAGCAGCAGCAGCUUAUGCGCGAAAGGGAAAUGGAAAUCGAGAGAGAGCGUGAGCGCGAGAGGGAGAGGGCAGAAAGGGAGCUCCGGCAAGCAGAGUCGAUGAGGAUGAAGCAAGAGGUCGAAGCACCACUUCACCGCUACGAGCCAUAUGUCAGCCAUCGACAGCAGCUGAGCCAUGGCGGAGGAGGCCCUCGAGAACCAUUCUCAUUGACGAGGCCCCCGCCCCAGGAGUCCUCCCGUGCUGUUGCCCCUCAACCGUAUCCUACCGCGCCGAUGCGGGCACUGCUCUCGGACCCCGUGGCGGUACAAUCACCGCCCUUGGCGCCUCCAUCCUCUAGAUCAGCCCAGGCUCCUCAGCAAAGAAUGCCCCCAGGCCCUCCGCAUGAGCCUUACGGUGCAGCUGCUCAAGCCCAGCAUACCCCCUCGAUGCCACCGCUUACGCCUGCACGACCGCCCGAGCCCCGGAAAUCAAACAUCAUGGCGCUUCUGAACGAUGACCCUCCGCCGCCUAAGCCUCAGAGGAUUGCCGAGGUUACGCAGAACCACGCACCUGGGCCGUCCCCGACGCCGCCUUCUCAAGGCAUUGGCCGACCACCACCACCAGCCACAUCUGCGCAAGCCGCGCCGAUCCGCCGAGAAACAGAUGCGCACUACUCUCCAUACGGACGGACGCCGUCCAGCGGACCGUCAGCUAUGCCUUCUCUCAAGCCUCCUUAUUCAUCCUCGCCAGCUUCCUCGCAGCACAUCAGUGGGCACCGAAGCAUGCCAUCCGAUCCCGCGGUGGAUGUUGACUAUUACAGACAGCAUGCCUAUCCGCCCAGCCAUCCCGCCAGCGGAACAAACUCCCCUCAGACAUCGCAGCGCUACCCUCCGCCUGCGCAAUCAACAAGCCAGCCCCAGUACCAGUCGCAGUCCGGCUAUCCCACGUCCUACGGCGGAGGUUCUCAGCCAGCGCACAUCGCCUCGCCGCCUCCACAGCAAUAUGCGACUCACUCAUCGUCGAGAAGCCGUGAGAUUCCCCCAAGCAGCCGGGAUAACGUCUGGCCAUCGUCGGGUCACCAAGCACAGACUUCCGAUAUCCGAUCGCAAGGCAAUAGCUGGACACCUCAGCCGUCCAAGGCCGCUCAGGCUCCUCCUCCGCACGUACAGCCUGCUUGGGGAGCACAGCACCCUUCGACGAAGCCGGGGACUCCGGCACCGGCAUGGUCAGCAGCAGCUCCGCCACCCCAACAGCACAUGUCUCUGAGAGACGAGCGAGGGCCUCCUUCGAUAUACGGACAGUCACAGCAGCACACUUUGCAAUCUCGGUACCCGUCGUCGACACGAGCACCUGAGCCUUUGUCGUCCGCCUCCCAGCCGUACCCGCGCUACGCGUCAACUCCUGGCCCACGAGACCCGCGAGACCCGCGAGAUCCACGAGAGCCGUCGAGCCGGAGCUAUACGCCGAGUGUGUAUGACGGACGUCCGCCGCCUCCUGCUCAGGCGCAAGUGCACGGUUACCCAGCACCAGACCCGAGAGAGAUGCAGCUACGAGAGGCGAGAGAUCAAAGGGACCCAAGGGAUCCCAGAGAUAUGAGGGACCCUAGGGAUCCGAGAGAUGCGAGAGAUCCAAGAGACCCGCGCGACAUUAUGAACCGCGGUAAUCUUCGACCGCACGAGUACGACCGUCAUCCAGACAUGCAUGACGCCGUCUUAUCGCCGCCAAUGGAUACCCGCACCAGCGGCAGCGGCAGCGGCGGCGCAAACAGCAGGGCCUACUUCGAACAGCAGCGCGAGGCCCUCGUCGGCGACAUUGCAGAGGUCGGCAACGAAUUCUCCUCCGUAGAAGCCCUCUGGUCGCAAUUCGAAAACGUCAUGGCCAAAGACGACGCCGAUGAACAACAAGACGCCAACAAAGCCGCUGCGUCACAACAACAGCAACACGACGAUGAUACACAACAACAACAACAACAAGGCGGAGACGAUUCACGACACGAAUGA